CUUACAAAGGGCAAUCCUAGUCAGUUGUCACUCCCACUUGCAAUUGCAAUUUGAUGAAUCCUUCUUUCUCACCCACCAAAACCGAACACACCAAAACCCUCCUCUUCUUUGGUACCUCCAAAUGAAAUGGAAGAGUCUCCGCCUUCACAUCUCUAAUUCUAAAUCUUCCAUUUCAAUCAGAUCUCAAAAUCUUCUACCUCCUUUGCCCUUCCCAAAACCCCAAAGCCCCUUUACCUCCACCCUCUAACUUUCACUACUAAAUUCAAUCUCCAAAACAAAACCCAUAAAUUCUUGUACAUAUCUCAAUCUUCUUCAUUUCUAAAUUUUGAUUGAAAUUCGUCGUUAAUAUUUUACUUUAAAUACUGGGUUUCUUUUUUUGGCUAAUUAUUUUGUUGGGGUUUAUCAAAGUUUCAAUUUUCUAUUAUUUUUGUUUGUAUAUCAUGGAGUUUGCUCUUGAAUCUUCGGUUUUCAAUCGACCCACUUUCGUUCCAACAAUAAAAAACUCGGUUCUCAGCCAUCAAAAUCGCUGUUCUAAAGUUCCUUACAAAAUUUCACCGAGAAUUCAUCACUAUCCAAAGUUUCACGUUUCUAGAUUGCCGAAAAACAAAACUUUCGACUCUAAAACCCUCUUGAAACCAAUAAAUAAAGUUGCUCCUGAACUGGGUCGUCAUCAAAAUGAAGUUUUAGAUUCAAAUUUAGAUAAAGUUAAGAUUUUGUUGAAAGGUGGAGUAGUUUUAGGAGCACUUGUUUGUGGGGUUUUGGUGUUUGGUUGCAAGAGAGUUUUUGCUGUGGAGAGUGCUGUAAAUGCAGGGUAUGGAGUUAUUGGACAAAACAUAUUGUUGUUGAAGAAUGCUUGGCCAAAAGUUUCUCAGAUUUUGAGAGUGUUUAAAGAGCAAGGUUUGGUUUUGGCUGCGCUUUUGGGGUUGUCUGCUUUCUUUUCAAUGGCUGAGACGUCUAUCACCACGCUUUGGCCUUGGAAGGUGCGGGAAUUGGCUGAAAAGGAGCCUGAUAAUGGUGUCUUUAAAAUGCUUCGAAGUGAUGUUACUCGAUUUUUGACAACUAUUCUCAUUGGCACGACUGUGGCAAAUAUUGGAGCCACUGCAUUAGUCACGGAGGCAGCAACAACAUUAUUUGGUGAGGCUGGUGUCAGUGCAGCAACAGGAGUAAUGACUGUGGCCGUAUUACUUCUUACUGAAAUUACUCCCAAAAGUGUUGCUGUUCACAAUGCCACAGAGGUUGCUAGGUUUGUGGUCAGGCCAGUGGCAUGGCUUUCCUUGGUACUUUACCCUGUGGGAAGAGUUGUUACAUAUCUAUCAAUGGGAAUGCUAAAAGCUCUUGGUUUGAAAGGAAGAAGUGAGCCAUAUGUUACUGAAGAUGAGUUGAAGCUGAUGUUGCGCGGAGCAGAGUUGAGUGGGGCAAUAGAAGAGGAAGAGCAGGAUAUGAUUGAAAAUGUGUUAGAGAUAAAGGAUACACAUGUUAGGGAGGUGAUGACACCUCUCGUUGAUGUAGUUGCAAUUGAUGCCAGUGCCACUCUUGUUGAUUUCCACAACUUGUGGGUGACUCAUCAAUAUUCAAGGGUGCCUGUGUUUGAGCAACGUGUUGACAAUAUAGUGGGUAUUGCAUAUGCUAUGGAUCUUCUGGAUUAUGUUCAGAAGAAUUAUGAUCUUUCUAUUUUGAAGGGGGAUCUGCUAGAAAGUACUACAGUGGGAGACAUGGCCCACAAACCUGCAUACUUCGUGCCUGAUUCGAUGUCAGUUUGGAAUCUUCUCAGAGAGUUCCGCAUUAGGAAGGUUCACAUGGCUGUUGUUCUAAAUGAGUAUGGUGGAACUGUGGGGAUAGUAACCCUGGAAGAUGUGGUUGAGGAAAUUGUUGGUGAAAUCUUUGAUGAAAAUGAUUCAAAAGAGGAGAUCCAGAAGAAAACUGGCUACAUUGUGAUGCGAGCAGAGGGGGUAUAUGAUGUGGAUGCUAAUACAUCUAUUGAUCAGCUCUCUGAAGAUUUAAAUGUCAAAAUGCCAGAGGGCCAUCAGUAUGAGACGGUAUCAGGUUUUAUAUGUGAGGCUUUUGGAUAUAUCCCAAGGACCGGUGAGAGUAUGAAAGUGGUCCUUGAAAAGGAAAACCAGGAUGAAAGUGAAGAACAUAACGAAUCUGGAUCCGACCAUCAAGAAUUGAAGGAAAAGCAUGUAAUUUACAAACUUGAGAUAUUAGCUGGAAAUGCCAGAAAAGUUAGUGCUAUCAGGUUUGAACGGAUAAACAAUGAAGUAAAGUUGGCGGCAAAGGAAGUAACUCGCUUGGUUCCUAAAAUCAUGAAGAGAAAAUGGAGCAGCGACGAUGAAUCAGAUAGUAAUGAGUAUGAUGCCGAUGCAUACUCAAAGAGAUCAGAGGAUGAUCCCUCUGGUGACCAUGUAAUUGCUGAACUUGAAGAUGGUGGUGACGGCCGUUAGAAAUUAGUUACAUUUCUCGUUUUUUAGCCCUUAUUCAUGCGGCACCAUAAACAAGGUUAACAUAUUGAGAACAUAAUAGCAAAAAUGAGAGCAAGUGAUGAACUAACAUUGUACCUUCUUUCUGCCAGGAAAGAAGUGUCGGCAUCUGAAUCGUGGCAGUUGUGUGUAUUAUGCAUUAGUGUCUGUUUGCCAAAAGUAGUACAACAAAUGCUUCUUUAGGAUCUGACGGCUGGGGUAGAUUCAAGUUGAGCUCGGACAAGAGUUGGUUUGUACUUAGUUUGAGUCUUAAAUAGUCAGUUUGAAGUCAGUUUGAAGUCGAGUUUGAACUCAUUUAAACUGGUUGGGGAUGUUAUCGGGAUCAUCUAAUAUUAUCAAUAGGAUAAAUAUUAUUGUCAAUGGAAUAAAUAGUAUCAUUGGAGGGUGAUUCGAGUUGAGUUAUCAAACUAAAAAACUGCAGCCAAAUUGACUUGGAGGAACCUGGAGAGUUCACAAAGAUCUUUGAGGCAGUAGGCAAAGAGUUAUAGCACUGCAGCCAAAUUGAUCCAAACAAAUUUUAAUUAUAGAAUGUUCAUUGCCACUUAUUUUUAACUUAUUGACAUGAGUUUGAUUUGCCGGUGA